UUCGCGACGGAGAAAACCCAUUUACGCCCAAGGCCCAUGUGAUUCGGUACUGGAACUAAGCGGUCCAAAACGACGCAGAGAAACUGUCGUUUCUGCUCUCAAAGGCCUCGCCAUUGAGAGCGGUGAAGUCGGCAGCUUUCGUAGAACUCGCGGCUCAGAACGCUCUCUCGACUCGGCUCCCUGAGUUCUGUUCCUGUGCGAACCUCCUCUACUUCCCCGAUGUCGGCCAGAGCCUCGAAAAUCAGGACGGCGACACGAACUUCACCGCCUACUCGACCAAGAACUUCACAAACUAUGGGACGACUCGAUGGGCAGGGGUAGACACCAUCGGCCGUCGACCCAGAUAUUACUCCCCACAGUAGUAAUGUUGUUGUUAAUAGCUAUAAGGAUGCGUGUUGAUACUCAGAUUCACCCGUCGCAGCUGUAUAUCCGGAAAGGGACGUUUGUGGAAGUGGGCAAAGGAAUAUCACCGAACUUUGAACAAGUUUUGGAAUUACUGUUGAAUAAGGAAGAGUUUCUGGCUUUUGCACCAGACACCGAAGAAACAAAGUCAAUGAUUAACAUAAUAUCGGUUAAAUUUCCCCUCUUGAAGAAUGUUUCUAGAGUUUACAAAGAUGAACAGGAGCUGGAAACCUAUAUAGGCUCAGAUCUCUAUGGUACCUGCAAUCAAAUAAUGUAAGUCGUACUUUUGUAUCACAGUAUGGAUCUGAGGGAAAUUCCCUUGAAAUGAAUUUCGAUUAUAGUUGGGACUGGAGAAGUAUGAAAGACUAGUGGAGAAAUGCAAAUUACCAAAAUUGUUUCUUUUGA